UCGCAGUCGGAACGUUUGUUCUUGACGAUUCCUUUUUUUUUUUCAGGUAAGCGGACGUGCCGGCCAGGCUACUUCAACUGUGGCAGCGGUCUAUGUGUGGCGUUGUCGAAGAAAUGUGAUCGAAACAAUGAUUGCCUGAAUUUUGCUGAUGAGGUGGAUUGCGAUUGCAGUAUGGAGGAGUUCAAGUGUGAUUCCGGAGUAUGCAUACCGAAGAACUUCACCUGCGAUAUGAAACCGGAUUGUAACGACGCAAGUGAUGAAAAGAAUUGCCCACCUCGAGAUUGCACCAACACGACCGAUUUUGACAUACCUGGAUUGGUAAAUUGUGCUGGCACGACACAAUGUAUUCUACCUCAGUGGCGCUGCGACGGCUCGAAUGAUUGCUGGGACAACUCGGACGAGAAGGAUUGCAGCGGUAGGAGUAUUUCUAGAAAUAGUGCUACCACUACUGAAUUCACAUGUGGCCGAACUCUGUCCUGUCUGCCCCGAGCAUGGGUAUGUGACGGGCAAAAGGAUUGCGCUGACGGGAGUGAUGAACUGGAUUGUGUGACGACGUGCAAAGUUGGUGUCGAAUUCAGCUGCCGUUCUGGUGAAUGUGUUCAUGUGGAAAAGAAAUGCGACGGAAUACAUGACUGUGCUGAUGGAAGUGAUGAGGCCGGCUGUGUCGAGACACUCACCCACGAUGAAUGUGAUGGCAGUUCAUUCCAAUGCCGUAAUGGGCGAUGUAUCAGUUCGAGUUGGGUAUGUGAUGGAGCAGACGACUGUGCCGAUGCCAUCAAUGGUGGAUUGAGCAGUGACGAGGACAAUUGCACUGGUAAGAUAAGUUUCGAUUGA